AUGUUCUUGGUCCAGGCCCAGGCUAGGAAAGACCGAUGCUCGCGAGCACGGAAAACCGCCCGUCGGGAAACAGCCGCGGCAGAUUCUCAGCUGACCAGUUUGGCCAGAAGACUGGAGAAGCUCCAGCGCACACUAGACGACGAGCGUGCCUCUCGCCAGUCCGCCGAACUAAAGCACCAUAGAGCCAAAAGUACCACGAUUCGAAUUAGCCGGUACCUGGAUUCGAUCCUCAAUGUCAACCAAGAGCUCGUAGCAGCAGGGACGUCCUCAUCCCUAACGCCAACAGCGGGGCAACCUGUACCGAGAGCACUAGGCGAACUCCAGCGAAAACAAAGCAUCAGAGACAGCUACGCUACCCCCCGGCGGAACCCAGCAUUGGAAGACGACGGGAUCGACAUUCGCGCCGCUGUGAAAGAGGCGUAUUGCGUUGGUCGUACUGGCGGAGAUCCCGUCCCGUCUCUUACGGCACUGUACGAGCGUAUUGGGUUCAGCGCUAUGCAAGGCGAAGACGGACACCAUGGUGGCACGCCAAGUUUGCCUACGAGCCCCCGUCGAGCCAGGGUUGGUAACACUGCCGAGGCGUAUAGAUUUCGGGAUGUCGAUGACGGGGAAGACUAUGGUCGCCAGAGGCUUGUAGAACCCACAGCUGUAGGUGGUUUCUUCGCUGAGGAUGACGCAGAGGUUUUGGAGUCGUCAAGACGGCAGGCUAGCGCCCACCAAGUCGAUGACGGAGGGUCCAGAUCGGCCAAUGGCGGGAAACAUCACGGGACUGGGAAUGCGUUUGUCGGUGGUGGAGUUACAGCCAAGGGUUAUUCCUUUGCUAACUCGCCAUUAGUAAGGCCGACAUCUGCUGCCGAGAGGUCUCCCGAGGUUAUGAAACGGUUGGAGGCGUUGGCGUCACAGCUGGAGAGGGAGAGGUCGGACGUGGAGCAGUGGUACAAGGACGUGGUGCACAGGUCACCCCAUGCUCAUUGUGGUCCCUCUCCGCCGCAUGAUAGGCAAGUCCCUGCGUGCAAGAGGAGGGAACUGAUGCGGAUCUUGAUGCCCGAAGCCUCACAGAAGCUAUAUACUGUCUUCAACCUACGAUCUACCAAGCAAGUGCUUUCUCUCUCGUCAGCCGGGAAGGACCUCUCCUAUGCAGCCAUGAGUUCGGCAGCAUGCAUGGUGCGGCGGCGUGGGGCUUGGGGCGGGCCCAUCCUGCGACGCUCUGUCGUCGCAACGGUUGCCUCGAAGCGGACAAACAGCAGCGGUAACACCGCAGCCGCGACAACUCGGCCGCCGCUCCUCCUUAGCUUCAAGAGAGGCAAGUACAAGCUAAAGCUACCCCUUCAGGACGGGCGUGUGGUGUCCUCGGCGGAGAGAGACACCGCCUUCUCCUUCCACCCGAAUCACAGCCUCGAGACGGUCAAGGCUAAUAUACAGGAGGAGGGCGUGUCUAGUGUAGAGUUCAUGGGGCCGAACGGGGAGCCGCUGCCAGAUGAUAGCAGUGUUGGGGACGCCGCUUGGCACGGAGGCUUCGACAUGACCCUGGAUGGGAAGCAGUUUCCGGUCCUAGCCACCCGGUCUGGCGGUUACGUCGAGGACGAGGAAGAAGGGGGCGGUCGGACGGAGCUCCCCUCCCUGCUCGAGCGAGGGAGGGUGCUGCGUCUUCGCGCUGCCUUGGACGAUGAGACCCGGCGAAGCAUGACCUACGCCGAGUUCGAGAGGCUAUGCGAGGACUGCGGGAUGGACAAGGCGGACGCACGGAAGGUGGCAGCGGACCUGCACAAGGUCGGCGUGAUUCUCCACUUCCACGCGGAACCCGGCCUGGCGGACAUCGUCUACCUGCAGCCGCACCAGGUCCUCGAGCACUUCUUCGCCAAGUACAGCCUCGAGUCGCCCCUGCGGCAGUACUUGCUGCUGCAGGGAGAGCGGCUCGAGGAGGAGAAGAACGCCGUGAGGCGAGAGCUUGCUCCCACGCUGCGGCUGAAAGAGAACCUGGACAGCCAGGCCAGGGUCACCGUCUCCCGGUGCAUGUGGGGUCUGAGCGCCCUGGUCGUGUCCGGCGCGGGCGGUUACUGGUACCUGUCCUACGUUUACCUGUCGUGGGACAUCAUGGAGCCCGUGACCUUCUUCACGGCGCUGGGAGUGUCGACGCUGAGCUACGCCUGGUGGAUGUUCACGAACAAAGACCUGCAGCACAGCAACAUCUUCGACUUCUUCUUCAACAGCAUGAUCCAGCGCCGGUACGAGAAGGGCGGUCUAGACCAGGCUCGCCUCAAGACGGCGGAGGAGGAGCUCUCAAAGCUGGACAACAAGGGAAAGUUGCUGGAAGCGAGAAUUUUUGAGCUGGAGUGCAUGAGGGACAAGGGGAUCACCGCUGCGGCAGCCGCCGGCAUCGUGUCCGACCGGCCCACGUGACGCUAGUUGGUGUACUGCACCAAUAGUCGUUUUUUUUUCUCGAUUCAUUGAUGCCAGUCCUGUCCUGGUUCCCUCUGCCUCGACGCGACCGCGCCAUGCCACUUUCAAGAAACAUGGUUGGCAAAGAGGGAAUAGAUUGUAACCAGGCAGGAACGUGGAGGACCCAAUUGAAGUGGCUGGCAAGACAAGAGGCACUGAUUUUGUCUCGCGAAGGAGUUGAUAAGGCUGUGGGUACGGUUGUAAGGCCCGGUUGACUGACGUGUUUGUGCAUGUUUCGUUGGUGGCAAGGUUGAUGGUUAGAGUUAGAAGCCGGGUCUCGGAUACGAAGGCGGAGAUCUGUUUGUGAGGGUGUGCGGUGGCCAAUCGAGAUCGCGUCGAAAAUCCGGGGCGGUAACCUACUGGGAGACACGGUUUGAGCGGUUUUGUAGAGUUUUCUUUCCCAACUGUGCUGGGUUUAUCUCGAAAUUCGGAGUGUCCGUGAACCCUAGUUUUAGACGUAGACCAAGUUCCUGGGUCACAUAGGCAGAAUUUUGCCGUCCUCCCGACGGGUAUACUUAUGCUUCAUGCAACCAGUGUAGACCAAGGUUUUACAACUUUCGUGUCAUCUUUGUCAUCACCUCAAUCGGGCAGGUGAUCGAUCUUCAUGACAGGUCUAGCCUUGAUGGUGCUUCGGCAUGCUCGUGAAUGCACUACAUGACUGCUCAUUCGUGGCUUGAUAGAUAGAACAAUCGUGGCUUGAUAGAUGGAACAAUCGAGGUGUACGUCGAGUGACAUAUUUUACAGUGUUGGAAUCAUUGUCUGUCUCACUCAGCCUUUUUUCGGUUUCGUCCCUUAUUGAGCCACUGCUGUCAUGACAUGACAUGCUCCACCACCGCAAGCUCGAAACUAUCGCAUGCCG